CGACUUAUUCUUCAGCACUGGAGAGGAGAGAUUCAGGGGUUGCGCACAGCAACUCUCUCUCUCUCUCUCUCUCUCUCUCUCUGCCCUCAACAUGUUGGUGGCUCUGAGCAGAACCAGCAGAACCAUGCAGCUCAGGAAGCUCCACUGGUCCAGGGUCAUCCUGCAGAAUCGCAGCGGCAGCAUUUACAGCAAGCCGCCCAAGACCAAGAUCGGACCUGGGCAAAGUUUCUUUAUCAUGUCCGUGUUCGCUGUGGCUCUCCUGCUCCCUGCGGGAUGGAUCCUGCACCACCUCCCUGAGUACCGACAGCGGCGUCCUGCUCCGCCCCCCUGAACGGAGCACCACCCACGUGUCGCACUGCACGCUAACACCAACCCCACCUACCUGUCACGCAUUGUCCAUUAUUCACCUCCCUGAGAGACAACAAGCCCAAAACACACUUUCUGUGACAGUUCUCCUGAGGAAGCCUGAACAGGAGAGGAGGAACAGGCUACGUCACUUCUCCAUGGUGUUUAACGCGUUAGUACAGCAGACUGCGAAUGUCAUUUCUGUCGCUUAACAACUCCACAUUCCUUUCUGUAAUAAAUACAUGCUCUUUAAAUAAUAAACCUCUUGCAUAUA